AUGGUCGGCAAGGACUGCGUCGCCAUAGCCUGCGACCUCCGCCUCGGCCUGCAAGCCCUGACCGUGUCCAACAACUUCCCCAAGAUCUUUCAGUACGGAGGCGUCUUCCUCGGCUUGACCGGCCUAGCUACCGAUGUCAGUACCGUGUCCGACCUCUUCCGGUACAAAGUCAACAUGUACCGCCUUCGAGAGGAACGAGACAUUGCUCCACGAACUUUUGCCAACCUGGUCUCGUCGUCGCUCUACGAACGCCGUUUCGGCCCCUACUUUGUGUCCCCCGUCGUCGCUGGUUUAGAUCCCAAGACCGGCAAGCCCUUCAUCUGCGGAUUCGAUAGCAUCGGCUGCAUUGACUUUGCCAAGGACUUUAUUGUCUCGGGCACGGCUUCGGAACAGCUUUUUGGAAUGUGUGAGGGAUUGUGGGAGCCUGAGCUGGACCCCGAGGCUCUGUUCGAAACCAUCUCGCAAUCUCUCUUAAAUGCCGUUGACAGAGACGCCCUUUCCGGCUGGGGUGCACAUGUCUACAUUAUCGAGAAAGACAAGGUCACCAAAAGAUUACUAAAGGGUCGACAAGACUAA